GAUCUCCAUUUCUACUUGCUCCGUGAGUCCCGUUUUCGACUCCAUCGCCGGUCCAGAGAAGCACCGAAACCCUAAUUUCACACCUCUGACUCUGAUGGCGAGUCUGUUGCGAGCUUUGAUCGGAGGUCGGAGUGAAGAUUCCGGCGACUACGACGGCGUCGAGUUCUGGAGUAACCCUGAACGAACCGGGUGGCUCACGAAACAGGGGGAGUACAUCAAGACAUGGCGACGCAGGUGGUUCGUGCUGAAACAGGGGAAGCUCUACUGGUUCAAGGAAUCUAACGUCACGCGAGAGUCUCGCCCGCGCGGCGUCAUCCCUGUCGCGUCGUGCCUCACCGUGAAGGGCGCGGAGGAUGUCCUGAACAAGCAGAACGCGUUCGAGCUCUCGACGAGGACGGACACUAUGUACUUCAUCGCUGAUUCAGAGAAGGAGAAGGAAGACUGGAUCAACUCGAUUGGACGGUCUAUAGUGCAGCACUCGAGAUCCGUCACCGACUCCGAGAUCGUCGAUUACGACAGCAAGCGGUAAACUCGUCCGUGUUUUCCAGUCCUGGUACGUGGGUGCGAUCUUGUGAUGCAUCGCUGUGUAUAUGUAUAUUUGUUGUUUACAGUCAUAAGUCUAAGUGCUUGUAAUUGAAGGAUCGAUCUCCCACUCCGUGAACUUUUAAUAUUCUUGUCCGUUAAAGUGAACAACGAUUGAACUCAGAGCUUUUCAUUCAUGGAGGUGAUGAUGAGAGCGCUUUAUUCAUGUUUUUGUGAGAGAAUCUUGUUGGUCUAUAAGUAUUGUGAUCUUAGCAACCUUUUUGCUAAAGAUUUUGGCUGUGUAAA